AUGGAAUAUACUCCAGAAUUUGAUGCUGUCGACUACGCUGAUGAUCAAGAAGCAUGUUUAGAAGAAUUGUUCAAUCACUUUGAUCAGUUUGUAGAACAACUUCAAGAUAACAAUAAUAUUGAUACUGACAAAUUACCAGCUAGUGCAGUUUUGAUUAAACGUGACAAAAACCCUCUCCGUGGUAAACCCGUUGAAGGAAUCGAAUACAGUGUUUUGAUAAACACCGAUUUUCAUAAAUGGAUACAGAAAUUUGGAAAAUCAACAGGGGCAACCUAUGUAAGGCAUAUUAUUGAGCGAAAUCAAGGAAAUGUAAUUUUACGAGUCACAUAUAAAUGUCACCAUACUGGAACCUAUCAAAGUACAGCUGUCAUUGAGGAUGUUCGUAGGUCAGAAAGAGCUUUUGAGGCAGGUAAUUGGAUAAGUGACAAUCAAAAUAUGAAAUUUCAAACAAAUGAAA